AUGCGCCCCUUUACGCAGAGCUUCACUCUACUCACCACGUUGGGUGCCGCCGCCGUUUCCGCCGGUACCGUCAGCGUCUUCAAGCACGAUCCACCCACCAGGAGCGGACCCCUGUCGAUAUACAACACCCGAGCCAAGUAUGGGAUCCCCAUCACACCGGAGCUGUCUGCCGCCGUCAGCCGCGCCGGCUUCGACGUUGAGAAAUUAGACAAACGGCAGCAGCAACAGCAGGGAAGUGCCCCGGCCCGCCCAUACCGGAACGACACGGAGUGGUUGAAUCAGGUCCAGGUUGGCACCCCGCCGCAGAAUUUAACCGUCCAACUCGAUACGGGCUCGGCCGAAUUCUGGGUCUUUGCCGACACGCACCCGACCGCCAAGCAAGCCGGCCGCGGCGUCUACAGCCCCUCCAACAGCUCCACCGCGGCCCUCAUCCCCGGCAUCACGUGGAGCAAAGGGUACGUCGGAGGGGACAGCGCGUCGGGUGAUGCGGUGUACAACGACACCGUGCGCGUAGGCGAUCUCGUCUCCCAGUCCCAGACCAUCCUCCCGGCAACUGCCGCUUCGGCGUCGUACGUAAACUCGUCCUACGACGGCAUCCUGGGCCUCGACCUGGCAGAUUACACCGCAACCCUCCCGAUUGAAUUCAAGGGGCCCCCCAAUUUCUUCGAGGCGAUCAAGCCGUCGCUUCCGGCGCCGCUGUUCGGUGUGGAUUUGAAACAGGACAAGGAGAGCUUUUUCGACUUUGGUGUCAUACCCCCCAACCGUUACCGCGGCGAUGUCGGUUGGACGGCCAUAAACCGCUUCCGCGUCAAGGAUAUGGACUUUACGCGGUGGAAUAUGACGGUGUCGGCGUAUUCGAUCGGCAACGUCCAAACGGCUCCCCUCAAAACCAGGAACAUGACGGGCGUUGCAGAUACCGGCACCACGCUCAUGUACCUGGACAAGCCUGUUGUGCAAGAGUAUUACAGCCAAGUGCCAGGGUCCCGAUACGAUUCGACCUCGGCUGGUUGGGUUUUCCCCUGCGAUGGUGGGCCCAUGCCCGAUUUCUCGUUUGGAGUUGGCCCGAUGGAAAGCGCCACGGUUAUCACAGUCCCAGGCAUCUAUCUCAAUUGGACUGUCAACGACCAGGCCAAGAGGGAGUGUUUUGGCGGUCUGCAAGAGGCCAUCAACUUCCAAGGGGCAUCGAUCUCUUUGUUUGGUACUGUGGCCAUGAAGGCCGCUUAUGUUAUCUUUGAGGACCGUCGGCCGGAUGCAGACCCAAGGAUAGGCUGGGCUGUCAAGGAUCUUUGA